UGUACAGUUCCCGCCACCGUCCCAGGCCCGUCGCUGGACGGGACCCGCAGCACGCCGCACAUGCGCAGUGCCCUGCAGACCCGGAAUCGGAGGGAAGGGCAGAGUCAGGACUGAAUUCUCAAGGCCGAUCUUGUCUGAGGAGGGAAAAGCCUGGCAGAGGAGGAAGAGGGAAGGAAGGAGUCAGGAAUGGCGGUUUGUCAGGGACGGUUGACAUUCAGGGAUGUGGCCAUAGAAUUCUCUCAGGAGGAGUGGGAGUGCCUGGACCCUGCUCAGAGGGCCUUGUACAGGGACGUGAUGUUGGAGAACUACAGGAACCUGGUCUCCCUGGGUGAGGAUAACGUUCCUCCAGAAGUCGGGAUCUGCCCCAAUAGCUCUGCUAGAUUCAUGAUCAAGGAAUUAUUACCAAAGAAAGAAAGAAAUAACAGAGAAUUAUGCCAACCAGUGGUCUUGGGAGGACAUGAAAGCCAUGGCCUUAAGGAUUUUGACUUCAGGGAAGUUUGGGGAAAUAUGUAUGAAUUUGAGAGUAAAUGUGGAUAUGAAGAAAGAAAUUCCAAAGGAGUGCUUGUGACAGAUACUGUAAAUCUCACUGGUAGAAAAGAUAAACAAGACAGCAAAUCCUGGAUUAAUUUACCUUUAAAGCAGAGUGUUUCUUUAAGAAAAAGUACAUAUCAAUAUUUUAAACAAGGGAAGUCAUUAAUAAAAAAUUUGUUAAAAGUAAAAAAUAAUGUAGUCUAUGCAGGAAACAAGUAUACAAAAUGUUUUGAAAAUAGAAUUGGAUUAAGCUUUCAGUCACAUCUGGUUGAACUGCAGAGAUUUCAAACUGAGGAGAAAGUUAAUGAAGGUAAUCAAGUUGAGAAGUCUGUCAAAACUUAUUCUUCCAUUUUGCCACUUCAAAGAUUUCUUCCUAAUGUCAAAACCAACCUUUGUAAUAAAUAUGGAAGGGUUUUUAUGUAUCCUUCAUUGUUCACACAGCACCAGAAAACAAAAAUUAGAGAAAAACCAUACAAAUGUAAUGAGUGUGGAAAGACUUUUAGCCAUCAUUCAGUCCUUACUAGUCAUCAAAGAAUUCAUUCUGAGCAGAGACCGUACAAAUGUAAUGAGUGUGGUAAAGCCUUUAAGCAGUUCUCAAACCUCACAAGACAUCAGAGAAUCCAUACGGGAGAGAAACCAUAUAAAUGUAAUAUCUGUGACAAGGUCUUUAAUCAAAAUUCCCACCUUACAAAUCAUUGGAGAAUUCAUACUGGAGAAAAACCACACAAAUGUCAUGAAUGUGGUAAGGCAUUUAUCAAAUGUUCAGACCUCUGGCGUCAUGAGAGAAUUCAUACUGGAGAGAAACCGUACAAAUGUAAUGAAUGUGGUAAGGGUUUUACCAAACGUUCAUAUCUUUGGGAUCAUGAGAGAAUUCAUACUGGAGAGAAACCAUACAAAUGUAUUGAAUGUGGCAAAGUUUUCAGACAGUGGUCUACCCUCAGGAUUCACCGAAGAAUUCACACUGGUGAGAAACCCUAUAAAUGUAAUGAGUGUGGCAAGGCUUUUAAGCAAUGUUCACACCUCACUAAGCAUCAGAAUGUACAUCCUGGAGAGAAGCCACACAAAUGUACUGUGUGCACCAAGGCUUUUAUCCACAUUUCAAGCCUUGUGAAACAUCAGAAAAUCCAUUCUAGAGAAAAACCGUACAAAUGUAAUGAAUGUGGUAAGGCUUUUAUCCAAAGUUCAAGUCUUGUGGAACAUCAGAGAAUUCAUACUGGUGAGAAACCUCACAAAUGUAAUGAGUGUGGCAAAGCCUUUACUGUGCGUUCAAGCCUAACUAAACAUGAAAAAAAACAUAUUGGUGAGAGACCUUACAAAUGUAAUGAAUGUGAUAAAACAUAUACAGUACUUGUACACCUUACCAGACAUCAGAAAAUACAUACUGAAAAGAAACAUUAUGAAUCUAGUAUACGUGAUAGUGCUUUUAUUCAAAGCUCAAGCUUGGGGGAUCAUCAGAAAAUUCACGGAAGAGAGAAACCUUACAAAUGUAAUGAGUGUGGCAAAUCCUUUAACUGGUGUUCACGCCUUACUCGACAUCAGAGAAUCCAUACUGGAGAGAAGCCAUAUAAAUGUAAUGUGUGUGGCAAGGCCUUUAGUCAAAAUUCAAACCUUACAAUUCAUCAGAGAAUUCAUACCGGAGAGAAACCUUACAAAUGUAAUGAAUGUGACAAAGCCUUUAAGCAGUAUUCAAGCCUCAUAAGACAUCAGAAUAUACAUCCUGGAGAGAAACCACACAAAUGUAUUGUGUGUGGUAAGGCUUUUAUCAAACGUUCACACCUUUGGGGUCAUGAGAGAAUGCAUACUAGAGAGACGCCAUACAAAUGUACUGAAUGUGGCAAGGCCUUUAGACAAUGGUCUGACCUCAGGAUUCACCAAAGAACUCAUGCUGGAGAGGAACCUUAGAAGUAUAAUGAAUGGCAUAAAUCAUUUAACCAUUUUCCACAAUAUACUAUACAUCAGAGAAUUUAUACUAGGGAGAACUAAGUCUCUAGUCCAAGAUUAAUCAACCUCAGUUGUUAAAUUCUUCACAGUAAGUCAAAAUCAUUUUAAGACUCAUGAGGUGAGUGUCAGUGUAGCAAGGAGAGCUUUAGGAAUGUAGCAUUUCUUUCAAAAAUACUUACAUUACUUGAGGUCCCUUGAAAGGUCUAUAUCACUCACUAUUUAUGUCUUUUGAUCUGAAAUUUGGAAUUUGUUGAUGUUAUACCUUCACUACAUGUUUUUCAUGUGUUACCAUGAUGGUCUCUGGGAGCAGAACAGUAAGAUAAAAGGGCCUACUUUAUUAAAUGGGAAUCAUUCACAUCCAUGUAUCCUGAAGGAACACUGAAUUUUAACAUACAGUGUUUUGUGGAAUUGAAUGAGGACAAGGGUUGGGCAAAGAAUACUUGUAAAACAAUGAUGUAAAUAAUAAUAUGUUCACGAUCCCUUCUAGAGAUUUGUCUGUAUAACAAAGGCCGCGAGUUUAUCAGAAACCACUGUUCUGGGACGCCUGGGUGGCACAGCAGUUAAGCGUCUGCCUUCGGCUCAGGGCAUGAUCCCGGCGUUAUGGGAUCGAGCCCCACAUGGUUCCUCUGCUGUGAGCCUGCUUCUUCCUCUCCCACUCCCCCUGCUUUGUGUUCCCUCUCUCGCUGGCUGUCUCUAUCUCUGUCGAAUAAAUAAAUAAAAAUCUUAAAAAAAAAAAAAGAAAGAAACCACUGCUCUGCCAGAGGAGCAUGAAACAGCAGGCUGUGAGAAUGAGACUGAGAUUUUCAUGAUAGGUUGUAGGGAUUGCUCAUGUGAUAGAAAUAAUGGCGAAGUGAUGGUCAUCCUCUCCCUUUCAUGAAAGUAGUGGUUGUAUAUCAAAGAUGAGUGAAAAGCUAGUCAUUUUGGGGAACUAAAGAGAGCAGUUUCCAGGAGAACUUAAUCAAAACAACCAGAAUACAGUGUUCAGGUACAGGAUUCCCGUUUAACCACUACACUGAUGCUGUUUUACUCAGAAUGUUUAAGUAAUAAAAUUUAAUCAUUUUUCAAACUCUAAAUGAAUCGUGUUUUGGGUUUUUUUUUCCCCUAUCAGAUCAAGUCUAUACGGUCUCAUUAUAGUAUUUCAUAACAAACACUAACGAUACAUCUGCAGGCUGCAAAGGCUGACAGGCAUCUGUAACAAUUUUUUUCAAUGAUGGAAUCAAACAACAUACAAUUUUAUGAAUAUAUACUCAUCAUUUACUUGAGUUAUUCUCUCUACAGUCUGCUCCUUGGAUAUUUAUGAGGCUGUGAUUAAGAUACCACAGCAGUGCAACUUUAAACUCUCCCUCUAAACAUUUGAAGCACGAUUCUUGAAUAUGCAUCUGAUAUUUCUACAUGCCCUUUUUUAUGCCUACAUGAGACCCAUGACUCGCAGUCACCUUGAUUUACAUGAGAAUGUGUGUGUAUAUAAUUUUUUAAAAAAUAUUUUAUUAAGUAAUGCCUACAUCCAACAUGGGCCUUGAACUCGAAAUCCCAAGAUCAAGAGUCACAUGCUUUGCUGACGGAGCCAGCCAGAUGCCUAGAGGCAAAUAUAUUAAGCAUAGGAAAAGUGUUAGGAAAUAAAAGAAAAUUUCAGGAAUAGAAAUAUGAUAUGAGCAGUCCCCAUGUGGAGCUUUCACUGGAGUAAUCUGGAAAGAUUACUGAUCAAGUCUCUCCUUAAGAAUGAACAUAUAUGCUUGAGGAUACCUUGGGCUUUUUUAUUUGUAGGCCAACUAGGAACUUCACAUAUUGACCCCCCUCAGAAAUAGUUAUUUUAGUACUUUUAGAUAUCCCACAGACACAAGACGAAUCCCUAUCCAAAAUUUAGUCUUGGAUGUUAAGUCUGAUAAUGCUAGACACCAAGAGGGGAUAAAAAUGUUUAAUGCACAAUGAGACUUUCUGGGGAUAGUAGGGCAGGUUUCCAAAGUUGCCAGAAAAAAAAUGGCUUGAGAGAGCAAGAAAAGGGAGACUCAUUUUAUGAGGUGGCCUGCAAGUGGUUUGAUCUUCCUGAGGGCACCAAACAAAAGAGCCCCUGGAGUUCUAAGUUUGACCACCACUUGUAGACUAGAAAGGAUGAGGGAGGAUGCACUGAAUGUGUGGUUUGGGGUUCUGGGGUGGGUGGGUGGCGUAUGUAUGUAUGUGUAAUUAAUUAAACUUUAAACUGUACCAGAAACAGGGAAGGCAGCUGAGAAAGGGUUGAGGCUUAAAAGCUGUCCAUGGUCAAAUAUCAAAACAAAAACCAAAGCUAGAGUGAGAUUCUAAUACAACACAGAGUAUUUACUCUCAAACCUUCUGAUUGCUUGGUUAGGAAAGACCAGUUUUCUUCAUGCUAAUAACUUCUUGCACAUCCUUUCCUGCUUAACCCAGUAUAAUUGCUGAAAGUGAAAUACUGAAAUACUGCUUAGAAAACUGCCUAAGAUGCUUUUACACUAGUUUCACGAUCAUUCAUGUGGGGAAGUGUUUAUCAGGCAAUAAAUAGGAUUCAAUAAUCUUACUAGAAGAGUUUUUCAAAGGCUAUAAAAAUCUCAAUUUGUGAUUAUACUAUUAUUAUACUAUUACAUGAUUCUUUCAACUCUAGAAAAUUUCCUUUUUAUUUAGAAAUUUUCAUAACCUACUUCAGUUUACAAUUUUCCCUCUGUUACUACACUGAAAUUUUUUUUUUAAAAAUGCAUGAGUUAAAGACUCUUUUAAGAGUUGUAUAACAUGAAAAUGAACCCAGGACGAUAAGAGGUACAAAGUAAGUGUCCUAUAGAUGUGAAGAAAAAGAGUCCUUUUAUAUCUUUAGUUCAGUGAAAGAAGUAUGACAGUAUGCAAUUGUGAACUGGAAUCUAGUAAGACAGAGCCAAGAGAUUUUUUGAUACCCCACGAAUCUAAUAGUGGUAUUUGGGGAACACAGUGUGUUCAUUUUACCUUAAAAUCACUUCCAAUUAUAAAAAAACAAAAAUUAUCUCCAAUUCUUUUGUUAUUGUUGCCAUAAGACUGAUCAUCUCUGUCCUAUAUUAUUGCAAUGGACACCGGACCUUAUAUCUCCAAGUCCUUGUUAGUACAGGGUCAGGAUGUCAAAAUUUUUUUCUGAGUUCAACGUGAAGCUAUUAGAUGUUUUUACUUGAUUUAAUAAGACCUGUCAUACCAUAAAAUCCACUCUUAAAAUGUACUACUGUUCAGUGGCAAGGAUGUCCUCUCUCACCAUUCUUGUUCAACAUUGUACUGGAAGUCCUGGCUGAUGCAAUAAGAAAAAGAAGUACACAGGACAGUCAUUAGGAAGCAAGAAAUAAAACUGUCUGUUCACAGAUCGUAUUGUCUAUGUAGAAAGUCCACUGAAUCAACAAAAAACUUUCACAACUAAAAAGUGAUAAUAGCAAGAUGGAAGGACACAAGCUUAAUACAAUGUGCCGUUUGUGUUAGCCACCUAAAUGUCAUACGGUGCAAUUCUUUUUUUUUUU